AAGUGAGUCCAAUGCCCUGAGAGACGCUGCAAUUUUCCGUGACAAAAAAAUGGCGCCCAAGUAAAAAUAAAAAAGAUGGCGCCAAUUUUGAAACAAAUAAACCCUACUUUUAUUCCCCAAAAUAUCCAAUUCCUCCAAAAUUCGACUCACCAAUUGAAUCACGCAAACUUCCAAACUGAAGAUAAGAUCUUUCCUUCUUCAUAUCGCCGGCUCCGGAUCGUAGUACUACUGGUAGCGAUUUCGGCAAUCACACCGCAACCAGUAGGAAGGAAAAGAAAUCAAUUUCAUUUCAGCAGUGAAUAGGUUGAGACUGACCUUUCAAUGAGUUAAAAGAAAGCAUAAGAGCAACAAGCCAGAGGAUAGGAUGGCAAAUUACUAUGAUAUUGAUGACAUUUUGGUGGAGGAAGAGAUUGUGUCGGUUAUCUUUAAGAAGGAAGCAUCUGGGGUGGGAAUAGAUCCCAGUUCUGAGGCAGACUUUAUUGAAGUGGAUUCAAAAGUUGAACUGCCUUUUUGGCUGGCUCAUGAGUUGCAGUUGAGACAAGCAGUAUCAGUCAAUGUCCCCCCUUGUUUCAAUCAAAAAACAAGACUAGAGAUCCAAGCUGAUUGUGCAAGUGUGGAUAUAAGGUCCAGAUGUCCAUACUUCUAUGAAUUUGGUUGCAAGAUAGCACCCAUAGUUGGCGAUAGAACCAUCGGGGUUCUGUUGUUGUCUGCAUUUAAGAAUAGGUACAAGGAGAUCCUCACGAAAGCACACACUGCAGCAAUUGCUGCUGGUUCUAAAUUUUGGACUAUUCUAACAAAUGAGGAGAUCAAUUUGUAUGAGACAGCUCAAUCCGCAAUGGCAUCCUUCAAGAAGUGGCGAAUGGGGGGCCCCAGAUUUCAGAUAGCUUCUAUUCUUGGAAGAAAGAGAAAACCAGCUGAAUAGAUGAUUUCUAGCGUUAUCAGAAAUCUGUUUAUGUUAUGUUUUAGACCUGCAAAUUGCAAGAUAUUAAGAAUGGACACAAAUAUCAACUCGCUGAUGUUAACCUUGUACACUUAUACAACAUAUGUUGAGAUCUCAGAUAAUUAAUGUAAUGUUAUGAUUGCUUGGAA